AGCUACCUUUCGUGGAACACUUGAGAUAAACAGAAAAUUAUAUCAGCCCUGAAACCCAUGGCUGCUCAUACCUCUUUCUCUCUUCUUCGUAAUUAUACAACGACUGGAAGGAUUGCUGCAACUGUGAGAACAUCUCUAGGACUCUCUGCUUAUCCCAGCUCCAUCAAUUUUCUAACAGCAAAUCGCUCACGCAGAUAUCUAUGUCGUGCUAGUGCUACACACGAUGAAGAGGCUGCUGCAAAGGCAGCUGCAAUCAAUGCUGAUAACGGAGCUCCAACCAUAUUUGACAAGAUCAUAUCUAAGGAAAUUCCUUCAACCAUUGUGUAUGAAGAUGAUAAAGUCUUAGCAUUCAAAGACAUCAAUCCACAUGCUCCUGUUCAUGUUUUGGUCAUUCCAAAGUUUAGGGAUGGAUUGACACAGCUUGGAAAGGCUGAACAAAGGCAUGGAGAGAUACUGGGACAACUUCUUUAUGCUGCUCGAAUCGUUGCUGAAAAAGAAGGCAUUCUCGAGGGGUUUCGAGUAGUUAUCAAUAACGGUCCAAGUGCCUGUCAAUCAGUUUAUCAUCUUCACUUGCAUGUCCUUGGUGGGAGACAGAUGCAAUGGCCACCAGGUUAAAUAGCUGAAUCACCAAAUGUAUGCCUUAUAUUUCCUUUUGUGCUUUUUUAUGUUAUCAUUUCUGGUGUUUGAGAGGGCCUAGUGUACUUAGAAUCUAAAACCUCGGAAGAGAUGAGAAAUUCGAGUUUGGUCCUUGUUUAUGUGAAAUUAAUUCUUCCGUUUCCAUGAGAUCAGAUCAGGUAUGGAGCACUUGGCAUUGCCUGGCUCCUAUGCUUGUAAACCUGUAAUCGGGUUAGACUAAGUCUGAAUAAAAAGCUAGAAUUCAGUAGAA